AUGGCUUCAUCGGUUGAUCAGAAGCUGCUCCGGUCUACCAAGUUCCCGCCUGAGUUCAAUCAGAAGGUCGACAUCCGCAAGAUCAACGUCGAGGUUAUGAAAAAAUGGAUCGCUGGCAAGAUCUCAGAGAUUCUACCAGGUGACGACGUCGUCACAGAGAUGUGCUUCAAUCUUCUCGUGGCGGACAAUUCUCCCAACAUCAAGAACAUACAGAUCCAACUCACUGGAUUCCUUGAGAAGGAUACGGCGGCGUUUUGCAAAGAACUAUGGAAUCUCUGUCUGAGCGCACAGUCCAACCCACAAGGUGUACCGAAGGAGCUGCUCGAAGCGAAGAAGCUCGAGUUGAUACAGGAGAAGACAAGGCUGCCGCCGAGGUGCGCCGACGCCGAGAGCAGGACAAAGCACGAGACAGAGACAUUGAGAGCAUCCGCCAGAGAGAACGGGCAGACCGGGGCCGGGACCGUGGCAGAGGACGCGGAUCAUACCGAGGAGAUAGAGACUUCAAUCGAGGACCGCGCCGAGAUUCAAGAUCUCCUCCGACAAGGCGACGUAGUCCCGACAAUUUCCGCGAGCCGCCUUCAAGGCGCGACGUGGAUACUUACGUCCCUUCUGGUAGCAGGCGAGAUGACAGGCGCCGAGGUCUACAUCGCCUACUCCACCUCGGCGCUCACGCCGCAGGUCCCCGACUCCCUCGAGAUCUCGUUCGCCUCCCCCACAACGCCGUCGUCGAUCGCCCAGCGCGUCGCGCUCACGCAGCCGACAUAG